UGUGUGUGUGUAUGCACCCCUCCCUUGUACAGCACCUGCACAAGUCCCCAAGCAGAUGGGCAUCGUCGACCUCAACGUCGGCGGCACAAUCUUCACCGUUGGCAUGGCAACUCUUCUUUCUGAUCCCCAGAGUUUGUUCCAUUCCAUAUAUAGCACUCUGCCCUCUACACUGGUGAGAGGCGGAGGAAAAACAGGCGGUGCCGGGAAACAGGUAUCACCGCCAUCAUCCACACACCUCCCUGCGGGCAUGGAGUUUGAUGACAGUGGACGAGUGUUCUUCGACCGGUCGCCGGAGAACUUCCCGCAGAUACUGACGUACCUGCGUGACGAGACAUUACCCAGGGAGGAAUGUGCUCUGCACGUGUACCAUGAAGCGAAAUUCUAUCGAGUGCAGGGUCUGAUGGACUGGUGUUCAAGACAGGCUGGAGUUGUGGGUAUGCUGAUAAACAGACUAGUGCAUGAAUCCAUGGAGGAAGAGUGUGAGCAAUUCAAGCAAGCUAUCUUGCAGGCAUCACACCACCAUAUAAGUGAAUCACUCAAGGUCAACUUCACUGACAGUCGUGCCUCCAUCGUCUGCUACGACCUCCCCGCCACCACCACCGCCAUGCCAACAGCGUUGCCCAUGACAACUAGUGGUGCCAUGUCGUCAUCGUCGACGACAACACCAACAACAACACGCAGUCUGCAAACCACAUUGCUGCUGGUCGUGUCUCAGCACCAGCAGGGCAACAUUUGCCCAAAGCGUCCAAACGCCGUGCCCGUACCUCCGCCAAUCCUAACCCCCGUGGACGGCAAUGCACCUGCACCGCCGCGAUUCCAGUCAGCACGCUUCGUCGUCGGCGAUCCACAGCUGUCCAGCCACCGCUUCAUCAGCAAUGCUGCGUCGCUGACGUCUGCCCGUCAUCGCAUCGACAUAGCCCUGCCAUUCAUGCUAGGCAAGCGCCUUGACUUGCUCUACACGUUUGUAGCUCGCCACUUUUCCGCUGCCGACAUGAGGCUGACACUGCGACAAGGUUCGACCAGCGGGCCACCUCUGUCUUUGCAAGUUAGUGCAGCACCGUCUCCGACCGUCAUCUCUAACCAGCCUAUAUCCGGAGUGCAGAGUUCCGGGACCAGUGCCAGGGAAAUCCCCUGCUUUGAAUGUGGCCAGCCGUUCUCGCUGUAUGAGAUGGUGGUCACGUGGUGGACGGCGUGAUCUCGUGAACUGGCGCUUGCUUGAGCGUGCGUGUGCGCGUGUGUGUGUGUUUGUGUGUGUGUGUGUGUGUGCUAAAAUUAGUGGUGGUCAAUUCAUCAGUCUUGCAAGCUGUUGAAUGGUGUAAUCCCAGCACAAGUUGCUAUGUCUAACAUAGUUGUUCGCUAUCAUCGCUUCCGCGAUGGGCAGGUCUGAGGUCUGAGGUGUGUGUGUGUGUGUGUGUGUAUCUGUGUGUUUUGUUUCCCUGAAUAACGCUACUUGUAUACUAUAGUUGGAGUUACUUGCUGAACAGUGCACACCUUGAACACACACACACACACACACACACACACACACACACACACACACACUUGCAUCCUAGCACACUUGCCAUGCCUAGGUGAUGUUGGUACUUGACAACUGUGCUUACUCAGCGGCAUGGUUUGAUCACAUUUUAUUUGGUAUUCGACUAUUCGUCCAGUAUUGGUGACGUAACGCCGUCCUUGGUUGCCCUUGCAUGCACUGAGA